AUGUUUCUUAAAAACUGUCUUAGAAUUUUCUCCAGCGCUCGAAUUCGGUUUUUAUUAAAUAAUAAUGUUAAAGCGUCCACUUUUGUAAAUUAUAAAAGUGUUGCGUCGUUAUCAACAUCGAAACUUGCACUGGAAAGUGAAAAAGUCAAAGUUACGUUCGUCUUAAACGACGGCAAGCGUCUUGAGACUGUGGCCAACGUUGGUGACACUCUUUUGGACGUAGUUGUGAACAAUGACCUUAACAUUGAGGGCUUCGGCGCCUGUGAAGGCACCGUCACAUGCUCCACAUGCCACGUGAUACUGAAGCCGGAGGACUUCGAGAGACUUCCCGAGGAAGCCAGCGACGAAGAACGAGAUAUGCUAGAUCUGGCCUACAGUCUCACAGAGACCUCCCGUCUCGGAUGUCAGAUCACCCUCACGAAAGAACUGGACGGUCUUGAGGUAAAGGUACCGGAGACAAUCAACGACGCACGUAGCUGA